AUGACAGCAUUUGAGGAAUUCGGAGUUAUUCCACAAUUGUCGGAAGCAGUUUCUUCGUUGUAUUGGACGUAAGUUAUAAUUUUGAAAUGAACAUUUUCAACAUUAAAGAUAGAAACGUGAGAAACUGGGCGUGACCUCAAUUUUCGAAAUCUAGACGUGUUUCAGGUUGCCCACACCUGUUCAAUCUGAAGCAAUUCCUGCAAUUCUUGGUGGAGUCGACGCACUCAUCGCCGCAGAAACCGGAAGCGGAAAAACUGGCGCAUUUUGUCUUCCAAUCGCUCAAAUUGUUUGGGAACGUCGAAAAGAUGCUUUAAAUCCAUCUAGUUCUUCAUCUUCUUCUUCGCAAUCCGAAAUUCACGAAUUCAUUCUAAAUCGUGAAGAUCGUGAUGUUUCAUUACAAAUCGAUUCGGAUAAUUUGAAUUGUGAUAGUCGAGUACCGAAAGAUUGGAAUGGUGCAAGAUGCCGUGCUGGAUUACACACUUCAGGCAAAUAUUAUUAUGAAGUUCAAAUCAAACGCGAUGGUUUGUGUCGUAUUGGUUUCUCAACAUUGGCUGGAACUCUAAAAAUUGGCACCGAUUUUGAAAGUUUUGGCUACGGUGGAACAGCGAAAAAAAGUUAUGGUAAACGAUUUGAUGAUUAUGGCAAAACAUUCACAACAAAUGACGUCAUCGGAUGUUUUCUCGAUCUAGACAAUCUUCAAAUUUGGUGGUCUAGGAAUGGCGAACACUUCAAACCGGGAUAUAAAAUCAAUGAGAAAUUUCGAAAUCCCUCAAAUUGCCUGUAUCCUGCAGUUUUGCUUCAAAAUUCAGCGCUAGAUGUGAAUUUUGGUGGAAAACCUUUCAAAUAUGAGCCUGGCAAUGGAUUUAUUGCAAUCAAUCAAGCAAAAGAGAAUUGUGUUCGAUGGUUUAGCAAAGAGAAAAAGGGAAUUAUUGAUUUGAACAGUCCGUUAUGUGUGAUUCUUGAACCAACUCGUGAACUUGUUCAACAAACCUUCAUUAAUAUGAAAGUAUUUGUCAGCUAUUUAAAUGACCCAAAAAUUCGAUGUAUUUCUCUUGCCGCUGGUGUAAAUAUGACUGAAAUAAUCAAACAAUUAUCGAUUGGAUGUGAUAUUAUAAUUGGAACACCUGCACGAGUUGUUGAUUUGAUGCAGACUGGAAAAUUGGCUGUGACCGCUUUGCAAUUUAUUGUCAUCGAUGAGGUUGAUCAAUUUUUGGCUGAUACGAAUGGUUCGGCGAGACAAAUCGAUAUUUUAUUCAAACAUUUGCCAUUGGUGACGUCGGAUGGAACGAGAAGGCAGGUUAUUGCGUGUUCAGCGACUAUGCAUAAUUUUGAGGUUGAGAGAUUUGCGGUGAGCUUUUUUUUUUUGAAUUUGGAUUUUUGGCGGGAUCUCUAGAUUUCUACUGAAACUUUGCCACGUGGAUUUUUUUUCUCAAAAAGUUUUAAACAAUUUCGAAGUUCUGAAAUAAAAAAUUUCGUAAAUUUCCAAAAAAAAAAGGGAUUUUUGGCCUGAAAAAUCUAGUUUCCCUAGUAUUUUUCUAAGAUUUAUAAUUGAGAAUAUUCAAGUUUUGCCACGUGGUUUUUUUUGGAAAAAAAAAUUUUUUCUGUAAAUUUCCACGUGGUUUUUUUUUGGCGAAAAACUUUUAAACAAAUUCAAAUUUCAUAAAUUUUCAAAAAAAAAAACGGAUUUUCGGCCUAAAAACCUAGUUCCCCUUGUAUUUUUCUAAGAUUUUUAAUUGAGAAUAUUCAAUUUUUGCCACGUGGAUUUUUCAUUUUCAAAAAUUUUUCUAGAAGAAGUCCUCAAAAUUCUAAUUUCCCCAGUAUAUUUUCAAGUUUUUUGCCACGUGGAAUUUUUCUCCAAAAAAUUCUGAAAUUAAUUAUUUUUGAGCUCAAAUUAUGUAGAUUUUGCCACGUGGAUUUUUUUUGAAAAACUUUCAAAAAAUAAUUUCGAAAUAAAAAAAAAUAAUAUUUUAGUGUGAAAAAAAAUUCAAAUUCAAAUUCAUAAAAAUUCCCAAACAAAAUUCAAAACUUUAAAAAUCAAAUCCUCUCAGAAUCGUCACAUGUCAUUUCCCCAAUGGAUCGAUUUAAAAGGCACCGAUUGUGUUUCGAACGAUAUUCAUCACGUGGUUUGCCACGUGGAUGCAAAUGAAGACAAACAAUGGAUCCGACUCAAACAUCAACCAAAUCGACUUGAGGUUUUUAAAUUUUUUUUUGAAAAAAUAUUUAUUUUUUGCAAAAAUUUUGAUUCCAGGAUGAUCACAUCCACGAUUCCGACAAAAUUCGGCUCGGAACAUCCGACAAAAACACAAUUUCUCUUGGCACAAAAAUAUUGAAGGGAAUUUAUGUUUUGAAAGCUAUUCGAGCUUUGAAUAUGGACAAGGCUAUCAUUUUUUGUCGAACCAAACAACAAUGUGAUCAGAUGGAGACUUUUUUGAUGAAUAAUGGUAAAAAUAGGUUUUGCUCAUUUGAAAGAUCGUGCUCUAAUUAGCACCGGAAGCUUCUCAGUGAAACAUCGUGUAAAAUGGCUUGAAAGUUCAGAUUUACAGUAAUUUGGAACUGUCGAUUCCGAUUUUUAUGAAAAUGUCUUCAGGUCGAAAAAAACUUUUAAAAAACUUUUUUUUACAAAAAAUUUUGAUUCAGAAAAUGUCAAAAAACUAGAUUUUCUCCUAUUUUUUGACAUUUUCUGAAUCGAAAAUUUUUGUUUUAAUUUUUUCGAACAGAAUCAGAAUCAGAAUCACCCCAAAAUCACCUUCAACUUGCCACGUGGCCCACGUCAUAGCUCACAAUUGUUUUUUGCAGGUUUAUCUGCUGUUUGUUUACACGGAAAUCGUACGGCUGAAGAAAGAGACGCUUCGUUGGAUGGUUUUCAGGUGAUUUUGAACAAAAAUUGAAUAAUUUUAUUCAAUUUCUGACCAAUUUUCUGAUCAAAACUGUGAAAAAAUGACCAAAUUUUGACCAAAAUUUUCUUCCAGACUGGCAAAAUUGGAUUUCUGAUCUGCACAGAUGUUGUUGCUAGAGGAUUGGAUGUUCAAGGUGUACCCUUCGGUAAGUCUUCUUUCAUUUCUUCUGGGGUGGUUCAAGUCGAAAAAAAUAAUGAAAAAACAAUUUUUCCUAAAUUUUGCGAAAUUUUCUCAGUUUAUGAUAGAAAAAAUGCUAUUUUUGGUUUUUUUUUUCAAAUUUUACUAUUUUUGAACGUAAAACGUCUCAAAUAGUUACUAAAUUACCUGUGAUUAGAAGAAUUGUAGCUAAAAAAAUGAAAAAUCGAAUUUUCAGACUUUGAAAAAUUUUCCGAAUUUUCCGGUUCAAAAAAUCCGGAAAUUUUCCGGAUUUUCUGAAUUUUAAAGAUUCAAUAAAUUUUUUUUUGAAAAAUUGAUCCAUUCCUGAUUUUGCGAUGAGUCAUUUAUCAAACAAAAAACUUGAAAUUUUCUAAAAAAAAUUUGAUUGUAAGUCAAUUUUCACCAGAAAAUUGAAAAUCAUCACAGAAAAAAGUGUCAAAAAAUAGGAAAAAAUAUAGUUUUGCUGAAUCGAUUUAAUUUUUUUCAACUUGAAUCACCCCCCCCCCAUUUCCUUAUUUUUCCAGUCAUCAACAUGACCCUUCCCGAUGAAAAAGCAAUGUAUGUUCAUCGAAUUGGUCGAGUUGGACGAGCUGAAAGAAUGGGUUUGUCGAUUUCGUUGGUCUCAGAAAAUGAGGAAAAAGUGUGGUUUCACACGUGUCGAUCGAGAGGAAUUGGAUGCCAUAAUUCCGAAGAGGUUCAGAAUGGUGGAUGUGCGAUUUGGAUGAAUGAGAAGAGGGUGGGUGAUUUGGGGGAGGGGGGUUCUGAAAUUUGAAAAAAAAUUAUGCGAAUUAUGAUCUCUAGGCGGUGCUCCUUGCCAAUUUAUAUUUGUAGGCGCCGCUCCUUGUCAGAGUGGAUCUCUAGGCGCGGCUGCUUGGCUUAGAUGCUCCUAAGGCGCAGCUACUUGCGAGUUAUGAUCUCUAGGCGCUGAUUCUUGACAAUAGAUAUUUGUAGGCGCCGCUCCUUGUCAGAGUGGAUCUCUAGACGCCGCUCCUAGACAAUCAGAUUCUUCAAGCGCCGCCUGCUUGACAACUGCGAUUUCUAGGCGAGGCUACUUGGCAUAGAAUCUCGCAAGGCGUCGCUCCUUGUCAGAGUGUAUCUCUAGACUUUGCUUCUAGACAAUUAUAUGCUUUAAGCGCCGCCUGCUUGACAACUGCAAUUUCUAGGCUCGGUCCCUUGCCAAUUGAGCCGUCUAGGCUCUACUACUAGACAACUAGGUUCACCAGGCGCCGAUCCUUGACAAUUAUGUUAUCUAGGCGCAGCUACUCAAGAACUAUGCUCUCUAGGCGCGGCUACUUGACAACUGGGGUUUUCAGGCUCGGCCCCUUGCCAAUUGAGCUGUCUAGGCUCGACUACUAGACAACUAUGCUCUCUAAGCUCUGUUCCUUAACAAUUUAACUUACAAGAGGCGGCUGCUUGGCUUCCAAGCUCUCAAGGCGCAGCUCCUUGUCAUAGAAUUUCUCAAGGCGCAGCUCCUUGUCAUAGUGAAUCUCUAGGCGCGACUCCUUGUCAGAGAGGAUCUCUAGGCGUCGCUCCUUGCCACGGUGAAUCUCUAGACGCCGCUCCUUAAGAACUAGACUCUCUAAGCGCUGAUCCUUGACAAUUUACUUUCAAGGCGCAGCUCCUUGUCAUAGUGAAUCUCUAGGCGCUAACCCUUGACAAAAACUAGCAAUUCAUACAUAAAACAAUUUUUGAGCUCCAAACUUUUCCAGCUGCUCGGCGACAUCGAAGAGCACAUCGGUUCCACAAUUUCCACCGUCGACAGCGAUUUCAACAUUCCAAUCGACGAAUUCGACGGAAAAGUCGUGUAUGGUGAAAAGCGAGGAGCCGGUGUGUCAAUUCAAGGACACGGUCUUUCAACCGCUUCGUCAGUCGCCCAAUUAUCCGAUCUCGAAACUCGAAUGCAAUUGGAAUUUUUGAAAAAUAUUCGUCAUGUUUUUGCUCAAAGUUGA